CGUGAAUUUUUAGUGUAUAGUACACUACAAAACCCACAAAUAUUAGUAGAUUAUUUACAGUCUUGGUGGCCGGCUUCUCCAUUUUUGUUUCUUUGGAGGGAUGCUAAAAUGCCACGUGGGUUACUUCGUUGCAACUCAUUAUAGAAGUAGAAGAAGGAGAACAGAUUGAGAGCAAAGAGAAGUGGGGAUGGGUGCGAUGAGGGCGGCGAUCGGAGAUGCAAUAUUGACAUCCUUGUGGGUGUUCAGCACGCCGAUGAUGGGAAUCCUUACACCCAUCAUAGCUACAUACGUCGGCGUUCAAGCCAAGUCACUGGCCGGCCUCUUCAUCACCACCAUUCUCGCCUCCGGUCUUGUACUGACGUUCAGGUUGAUUGAUCACAAGGUCUUGGGCGGCGCCAGCUUCAAUCCCUCCACCACCGUCUCGUUCUACGCCGCCGGCCUUAAACCCGACUCGUCUCUAAUCUCCAUGGCCGUGCAGUUUCCUGCUCAGGCGGCCGGCGGGCUGGUUGGUGCCAAAGCUAUACUGCAAGUUCUGCCAAGCCAAUACAAACAGAAGCUUAAGGGACCUUCCCUGAAAGUGGACUUGCUUACCGGAGUCAUCGCCGAGGCGGCGUUGACUCUCGGGCUUAGCUUUGCCAUCCUCUUUAUCGUCCUCCGGGGGCCUAGAAACCCGCUGUUAAAGGUGUGGUUGAUUGCUGUGGCGACUGUGGGAUUGGUUGUUGCCGGGUCGGGUUACACAGGGCCUUCGAUGAACCCAGCAAACGCGUUUGGGUGGGCAUUUGCGAAUAAUCAGCAUAAUACUUGGGAACAUUUUUAUGUUUACUGGGUUGGUUCCUUCACCGGAGCAACUUUGGCCGGUUGGAUCUACCGGUUUCUCUUCAUUCUACCAAUCAAGCAGAAGAAAGCCUGAAGAAGCUAUGGCCAAAUGUUUUUCUUUCUUUUUCUUUUUCUUCUUAUUUUUUAUUCACAAUGUUAAAACAAUAAUAAAGUGAAUAAAUUUGCUAUUUCUCAUUCUCA